CUUAAGCCUACCACCGCUACCGCUAUCGAUAUCGACUUGAAAAACUGUUGUCAUUCUCACAUCGCGAGGCAUAAGCAAAGACAAAAAGUGAGAACGAAGUGCGUUAUUUCAUUUUUAUACAAUUUAAUUAAAUUAGAAACCUAAGGAAAGCAACAAUAUGCGCGAGUGAAAUUAUACUUUAUCAAAAACCCCUACGGCGCUAACGCCAGCUUCGUGUAAAUGGCUAAAAAGUGACGCGAAAUAAAAACUGCCAACAACAACAAGCAGCAGCAGCAACAACAACGCAAUUGUGAUAGACAAAGAAAAAUAGAUUAAGAAGGGAAGCAAACAGCGAAAGAGCGAAAAUAAGAGGAAUUAAAGAAUCGCAAACAGGCCGAAUAAUAUGGGAAAUAUAUAUUUGCUCGAACAACAGGAACUCGAGUAAAUGGUUUUACACACUUGCACAUUUGAUACGCAACGAAAAUAGCUUUUAAAGUAAUAAGUAAUAAGUAAUAAGCAGGCGGAAGAAGAAGCAGCACGAUCCAAAUAAAAGAGAAAAAAUAAAUAAGAAAAUCGUGGAAGGCAAAAAGGAAAAUAAAACAAGAGUGGCGCGUUGAAAGAAAAGGAACAUAGGGGUAAAAAUAAAGAGCCAGAGGAGGGGGCGCUGUUUUUGUUGUUGUUGAAGCUGGCAAAUAAAAACAUACAGCACACACAAACACAAUCACAGUUAGAUACAGCCCCACAGCUGAUGUAAAAUAAUUUGCAGCGCCUGUGUUCGUGCCCGUUUACAAUUGAUUAAAACCAAAACACACGAACACUGAAACAACACUCAAAAGACCCGCACACUGGCGCACCAUUGUGAAAAUUGAUUAAAGAUUAUAAGCCUUACAUUUAAAACCGAAACACCCGCAAGUACAAGCACACGUACCGAUGAGGGAACACAACUGAAACGUCUGAAGCACUGCCAAACCAUAAGUGAGAAGACAGAACCAGACGGAGGAGGAGGAGGAGUGGAUCAGUAGGAGGAGGCGAGCAUCACCAACGGCUCCAUGAUGCUGUACGUGUUCCAUGUGGAUGUCGGCCGUAUGCUGACCUUCGACAUGAACGUGGCCCUGCAGUCGGUGGAGAAUCUAAAGGAGACCAUACAGAGGCUGCAUGGAAUCCCCGCCUCCAAUAUUGUAUUGCUGGUGAGUGGCGGCGCGAUGUUGACGCACGCCACCCAGGUGUCGUGCUACUCGGCGGGCACGGACAACAAUCCCAUCUACAUGUUCCUCACAGGCGACGAGCGAAUAGCUCCGACGAUACCCAAUUCGGAUGCAGACGCGGAGCUGCGCCGACAGGUGGAGGAGAGCCAUCGACUGCCGCCGUCUCUGGAGGCAGUACGCCUGCGGGCGCAGCUGGCGCAGCAAAUGAGCGAGCUGGCGCGCAAGGAGCUGAAACUGUGCGUGAGUCUGGUCCACGAGCAGCACCUCCAGCAACAGGGCUGGUGCGCCGUGGUGGCCAAUAUGGAGGAUCUGACGAACGAGUUCAAGAUGCGCUUCCACAAAUUCAGCUUGGCCUUUGAGCGGCAUUUGGAAAAGCGGGAGAGCUACCUGAAACUGUUGCAGAAUUUCUCCGAAGAUCUCAAACAGCUGGCAAAGAUUCCCAUACUUCCGGCACUGAUGUCCCUGGCCGAGGCUGAUUUCCAUGGCUUCGAUGAGCUGCUGGACAAUGACGAUGUGUUUGCCACGCAACAGCAGCCGCAACAGUCGCUUUCCGAGUCCUCGCAGGCCGAUUCCCCAAACAAGAAGCUCAAGAUGGGCGAUGAGGACACGCCGCCGGAGUCUUCGGAUCAGCAAGAACGCGUUUCUCAAACCUCAACCAGCAGCACAUCGCUGGCCCGGCGGCACAACCUCAAUCUGCUGCAAUGGAUCAGCUCGAAGGGCAACCACGGCGCCCUGCAGCUUAUGUCGGACGAGUGCAUCCAGGGGCUGGAUACAUUCAAUGCGAAUAUUUACGAGGUGCUGAAGGAGGAGGUCAAGCAAAUAAUCAAGAUUGCGAACCAGGGCGACGUCAAGGAGAUCAAGGGAUUGGGCGACCGGCUGUGCAAACUGGAGGAGUUUAAGGUCCGCAUUGAGGAUAAGGUUAAGGAGCAGAAGGAGCAGGCUCUCGCUUUGCUCCACAACGAUGCGCGGGCCCAGAAUGUCCGCGACAACUCCGUCCUGCCCGAUCUCUGUCUGUCGCACCGCUCGCAGAUACAGGCGAUGUUGGAAAACCACAUUAAGAUCCGCGAGCUCUGUCGCUGCAUUGCCAACUCCAAAGAGGAGCUGGGUAGGAAUCUCCAUACGCGUCUGCGACGGAUAGUGUUGGUUGAGAACGGAAUGAGCGAGUUCGACAACCGGCUGCUGUUCAACCAUCGUUUCUUGAAGAGAGCCGAGCGGCACAUCUGCAUCAUCGAACAGAUCCACCGAGCGCCGAGCAUAUACGUGGACGCUGUGGCAGAAGUGGUCCGCCGGAAGAUCUUCUCCGAUGAGUUCCGCCAGUGGGCCACUCGGCUCUCCAUCGACUUCGACCGGAUUCACACCGAGGAGUUAAGAAGGAGGCGUGAAUUCAAUGAACGAUUCGAGGGCCAUUUCCUUAACAUUUUGUUUCCCGGCAUGGGGGACAUGCCGCCCGCCUUUGCGAACGAGCAUCCUCUCAGCUUCGACACCGGCCUACCGCCGCUGAAUCGCUCGGACAUGGAGCUGCUCUCCUCGCAGUUGCCCGAAAUGGCUGCCCAACUGCAGCUGCCUGACAUGCAGACUGUGAUAGACUUCUUUGUCCACCGGGAACGGAAUCAGGACUCAGCCCAGGUUCCGGAACAGGAACAGGACCAGGACGCCCCGCUGUUGGCACCUCGCUUGGCUGAGUUACAGGCCCAGGCAGCUGCCUCUGAUUGUGAAACGGACACGGAAACAGAGUUCGAGAAGCUCAGCAGCACGUCCAGGUGCGUAGCCACCUCCAUGUCUGGCAGUUUGGUGGAGCAAGUAGCACGCAGUACGGCCACGGACCAGCUGCUGAUGCUCAGUGCUGGCACCUUGACCGAGGAGAACGGGGGCAGUAUGCAGAGGAUGCGUGGCGCCAUGGAGGACAUGUCCAAACUGGCAAAGGCUUGUCUAAAGGAGGCUCGGUACAAUCUGGGGGUGUUCCGAAGCGAUGCGGCCAACUACCAGGACGAACUUCAGUCUGAGCUGCAUCAUCUGCAGGACAAGUGGAACGUCUUGAGGAUGCAGUGCGAGGAGCGUGAGCUGCGAGCCCAGGAGCAGUUGGACGAGCUUCGACUGAAACUGGAAUUGGCGGAACAGGAGAAGCAGGCGGCAGUGGCCCAGGCCCGGGAGCAGCUCAUUCACGAACACAAAACGGAGCUGGAGUCGCUGCGCUGCCGCUUCAAGCUUAUGACUUCCAUGGAACGUUCGCCCUCGGACACCAGCCUGGAGAAGAUCGAGCGGCCGACGAGCAGCGCUAGUGUGGUCAGCACCAGUGUGGACGUGGACCAUCUGCUGGCUCAGCAGCGCCAGGAGCUACUCGCUCAAAGGGAUCGCGAAAUCAUAGAGGCCGUGGAGUCUGAACGAUCUUUGUGGCAAUCGCGUCUUAACUCUGAUUCUGUGAUGGCCAAUGUGGGCAUCCUGAAGGAGAUGCUGGCGGAUAAGGAACGGCAGCUGGACCAGUUACGCGAACAGAAUAAGAUCCUCACCCAGGACACGUUCCAGCUGAAGACGCGUCUGGAGAUGAUCACCAACGAGGACGGCAACAGUUGGCUCAAGGAGAAGAUCGACUAUCUCAACAAGGACAAGUGUCGCUUGGAAGAGGAGCUCAGCCAGGAGAAGAGUCGUCGCAUUGAAAUGGAAACUAGUGUCGCGGCCAUGAGGAGCUCUGCCUACGAUCUAAACUUGGGCGCCACCAUGACCCGCUCCCGCUCCAGCGGUAUCUCUAACCACCGGGUCAUUGCCUUGGAGGGAUGUGCUCGCGGCGACCUGGUGUUCGUAGUGUGGAGCAUGCGGCACGGGCAGUUCAUGGUGGUGCAGGACUCGCUUACCCUGUACUUCGUGCACGCCGAGAGUUUGGCGGCCCUUCAGUUGACUCCUCCGCUGACUUCCCUUCCGGCGAUAGCUGGAGCCGGCGACUCCUCGCUACCCGUGGCAGAGAUCAAUCAAAUCCCGUUGCCCUACUACGCUAUUGGCCGGGUCAUCGACAAGGAGUACUGCCAGGCGCGAAAGGACGACAAUCGCUAUCGGGUCAGCAGGGGCUCGAAGUUCUAUCGCAUCAAACUGGCGCCAUUGCCCUCUCGAAACACAACGCGGCGGGAGCGCUUAGAGUCCAGCUCAUCCGCCGCCGCAGCCAUUGCGUCGCCCAGAGAUAUUGUCGAUGCGCCCAGCACCAGCAGCAGUGUCUACCAGAGCUUUAAGCAGCGCACGGUGAGCAUUACCAGCGUGAACGAGGAGGAUGACGAGUCGGCUUCGCUGCUCAGCGAACGUUGUCGGUACAUCAGCGUCAGCGAGGAGGAUGAGUUGCGUGCUGCUGGCGGUACAGCAACAGCAGCAGCAGAAAGUGCAACAGCGACAGCCGUUGCAAGCGAAACAGAAUCAAGCAGAACCACAGCGGCCGCCUCGGCUCCAGCAGCGACACCCUCACCUGCAGUGAUGGCAGCAACUCAAGCACAGUCUGUGAUAACAGAGCAGCCAACGGCAUCGAGCAAACUUAAAUUGGAUCUACUGUUGGCCUCUGCUGAUAUAAUAACACAACCUAUAACACAACAACAAACAUUGGAACAGGAACCACGCGAUGAGGUGAAGAGUUUAGAGCCUGUGGCUGAAUCAAAUCCCCAAUCAAACCCCAAUCAAACAACUCCAACCGAGGAACCGCAACCGGAACCGAUCACCAUCUACGUGCCCCAGAAUCCCCUAGAAGUACCAGCAAUAACUAGUAGUGCUAGCAUCCUAGCCAGCUUAGAUACGGAGCCAAUUAUUAGCACAGCCGAGAUGCUACCAAUGUCGAUUGGUACAACCGCCAUAAGCGAGGACUCUGACGAGUACAGAUCGUUGGAGGGCAAGGAUGACGGCGAUGCCGAUAAUGAUGAUUUUCCCAUUUCUGAAUAGGACUAACAUAUAACCACUUACUAUAUAUGCAUAUAUAUGAAGUGUGUAUCUAGGCUAAAACUUUAACUCUAUGUAGGAACCACAGCUACCGGCCUCCGAGUCCCUAAACUAAAAAUAAGCCACAGGACCCCCCACACAAAAACAACACUUACUAACUAACAAGAAGAGAACAUCAACAGAAAUGUGAAAAUUUAUAUACUUAAAUAAUUUAAAGUUUACCAAGUGCAGAAUAUAUAUAUUCAAAAUGAAACUGAGAAUGUUCUAAUGUAGUCUAUGUCUACAUAUUCAUAUAAUCUUAUCAAAUUUGAGAACGGGCUGUAUACCCAUUGAAACCCAGAAACUAGGACACUUAAAAUCAUAAACACACAGACACAACAAUACACGCUACAUUUUUUUAAAAACAUUUUUAUUUAAAAUAAAAAUAAUGUACUUUAACAAAUUUACCUUAUAGAUAAAACAUUUAACAUUUAACAUUGGUAGUUUUCGGUUUAAAGUUAUCAUUUGCUUCAUUUAGUGCCAAGAAAUUAGUUACCAAGUCACAUUUAUUUCGUAGCGAGUAAAAUUGAAAUGAGGAAAGUAAAAAUUAUAUUUUUUAUAGGAAUUUUUAAAAGACUAGAACACAAAGAGUUUGCACCCACACAUACACAAACACACAACCACCCACCCACCCACUUAGAAACAAAAACACACUCUAUAAGGGCUCAGCCUGCAAGGAACACAGUUUUAUGCUCAGCUUAAAAAACCACUCUCUUCCCCAAGCCCAGCCACCACCCGCCCAUGAUCCAACCCAAUCUUUCUUGUCUCUCCGCCUCUCUAUAUCUAAGAUAUUUUGAUUUUUCGACUUUUGUGUAAAUAAAUAAGUACGGAAAUCGACGAAUAGUUAUUUAUGCCUUUAAUAAUAACAAGGAAACACAUGAAAAUUACAAAAAACAAAAUAGAUAUAAAAACAUUUAAUGAUUUAUGCGUUACCGAGCGAUACUUUUUGAACGCUGUGUAAAUAGAAUAAAAAAUAUAUUAUUUAAAUAUACUUUAAACAAUUUAAAUGAGGAAACGUGUAAACGACGAAGGUGUAACAAAAGCGGAUCGCUAAAUUGUCAAGCUUACAACAAAAAAAAGUGUAAAAUCAAAAAUCAAAUAAAAAUGGUAAACAUUUCAAAACUAA